AGUCUUCUCCUGGUUGAAGUCCGAGCUGAAGGUGAUUUUUCUUUCUGAAAAUCUUCAAUCGAAACCUGGUGGAUUCAGAGUUCAUUAUCGUGAAUAGUCUUUGAGAUUGAUUUCGAUAAUGUCGCAUCACCGAGGUGUUGUUAGCGAGCGAGCUGUUGAUGAGGUCCCCGCAUCUCUGGCGAGGAAGAUCAAGAAGGAAGGUAAGACUAAAUGGUAGCUGUGAAAAGUCGUGCAACGAUCCCGAUGUUGAUGACGGUGGCGAUCAGGACAACGGUAAGAAGCGUCGCCAGCGAAGACAAAGGACACAUUUUACCAGCCAACAACUUCAAGAGCUAGAAGCAAAUUUUGCUCGAAAUCGAUAUCCUGACAUGUCAACGAGAGAAGAGAUCGCUGCCUGGACCAGUUUAACAGAACCUAGAGUUAGAAUUUGGUUCAAGAACCGCCGUGCUAAAUGGAGGAAGCGUGAACGCAAUCAACUAAAUGAACUAAAGAAUGGAUUAGGACAACAUCAUUUUAAUGGACUAAUGCAACCGUUUGACGAUAGCUUGUAUUCGGGGUAUUCAUACAGUAACUGGGCGUCAACUAAACCCACAGCACCUAUGAGCUCAAAAGGAUUUGCGUGGCCGUUGAAUUCAGUGAAUCCCUUGUCAGUGACCAGUCAACCUAUGUGUUUCAAUCCCCAGUCCAGCAUGACAACGUCGUUCUCGCCCGCCGCACCCGUCAAUGGCGUCGGUUCCCAACUGAACACUUUGAACAAUGCUGCCGCGGCAGCCGCAGCCGGUGCCGCACCGGGUUGCCCUUACGCCACGGCGCCGGGGACGCCGUACGUCUAUCGGGAGCCCUGUACGAAUAGCAUAGCAUCGCUACGUCUGAAAGCAAAGCAGCAUUCGGAGAGUAUGACGAGCAUGACAGGUCUGACAUAUCCCGUCAGACAGAGCCCGACUUUCUCAGCUUGCCAGUAUGCCGCUGGUCAGUACACUAGUUUCAGUGGCCCGUCUUGAUUUGAUGAAGAUGUGACGUUGUCGUCAUCGUAUACUAAUUCCAGAUUCCUCUAUGUUUUUGCCAUGUAAAAGAUGACGAAAGACGAUUGGUUUAUCAAAUAUUUAUGAUGCGAACGAUGUGUUUUAUCACAGUAACCAAUCAUGCCUAUUUUCCCGUCAACUCAACUCAAGAUUUGAUAUAAAUACGGAAAGAAGAAAUAUCAAUGAUUCACCGAUCGCGUGAUUAUUACAGACUGAUGGUGUUCAUUCAACAUGUUGAACUCCUAUAUCGACUUCUCAUCAUCUUUUUUAAUUAUCCGAUUAAUUACCGUGUGGAAUAUUUAAGCCCAAAUCAGACUUAUCAUAAUGUGUCAUAAUUAUGCAUACAUGGGCGUGCAUAUUUUUCCCCAUAAGGCCAUGCUCUUAGAAAUAAUAGUAAUUUUCAUUUAGUAUAACCAAUCGAUUUUAAAAAUCAUUGCAUUAUAUAAUUAUGAGUACAGAGGUUAUGGCAUUAUCAAGUACAUGAAGUUAAAAGAGUAGGCAGUUCUUUAAUUCAUGACGGAUAAUCAUUCAUUCCACGUGCCUUAUUUCAUAAAGGUAUUUUAUAAAGGAAAUCAAAAUAAUUUCAUCUUCAUGUAUGUUAGGCCUAAUCUCCUUUCUGUACAAAUAUCUGACAAUGACAUGCAGAUUGUAAAGUACAAGGCCUAUAUAGAGUUGGAGAAAUACAUUUUCCAACUUUGCAACUCCAAAUAAUGGUGCUAUAAAUGAAGAAGAGUAGUACAGGAGAUAAGUAAGUACGAUGAGGUCAUCGUUAUUAAUGUAAAUAUUCAAAACAGUGAAUUAUACGGGGUGUAUAGAUGAAAAGAUUAUUUGUUUUAAAUGUCUGUUUUGUGAUGGUUUUGUGAAUGAUUCGCAUUCAUGUUGUUUUACUUUUUUCUUCCACUGUUUCACGAAGUUGUGAUCAAAUUUAGAUAUGCUGUCGUGUCAAAGUUGUAAGAUUUUUUUCUUUCAUUUUUUUAUUGGUUUAUUUCAAUCACCAUUACAACCGUUACGUGUUUUACAUAUUGAGGAAGCGAAUGAAAGUCAAGCGUUGUGAUCAACGCAGGCCAAUCCGAGCAGCUUUAGGCUCACACACUGAUUUGCUUCAUAAUUCUGGAAAUUAUAUUCAACGGAUAUUUCUUCACUGUCAGUAUACGUUACACUCAAUUUCCACAACACAUCCGAGUGCCUAAUAUUGUAAAAACAUCAAAUAUACGAAUUACAUUAGCUCCAAAUGACGUAUUGCGUGAUGAACUUAAUUCUCUGUAAGUUAGGACGAUGGUAAUUUAACAUAUAAUUACCAGAUUAUAUUAAUGGGAAAUAUUUCGCAAUUUCCUGUUUUGUGUCUCCCCCAAUCAUGUUGUAUCCUAAGAAGAAGUAGUGGUUCUCUCAUUUGGGCAAGCCAUUCGGUUAAAAGUUUCCACAAGUAUUUUUUUUUUUAAAUACUUCAUUUCAGGUUCGAUAUUAUAAUUUCAUUCAGAAUUUUCACUUUUGAUCAGUGUCUUUCCAAAAACUGUUAUUGUUUGAAAUAUCACGUGGGAUUUAGAUCGGCUACGUGUAUUUCAUGAAAGGCAACCUAAAAAUUGUCCUUUUGUCUUAAAAUACCACAUAAUUCCGUAUUUGAUUGCGGUAUUUCAAUUCAUUUUGGACGGGGUUCAUCAUUUGUCCUGUUCCUAAACGAAUUCAGGGAAAUGUUUUAGGUGAAUUUUCUAGUGAAAUCCAGGUUAUAUUACAAAAAUUAAUCGAGUAUCCUCAUCAGCAUCUUUAUAUCUGUGGCAUUUGUGUUUUUAUUUAUUUAUUCCUUGUAUUUUUCACAUUUAUUGUUUCCUUACUAAUGUUCUGCGAUUAUUACAUGACUGUGUCCAAAUAUGUUUGAUCUCCAGAAAAUUUGUAUCUUUUACUUUCAAGACCGGCGUCUGAUCCCUUUUGUUAAUAUCUUUUAAACGACACCUUUGUUUGUCUUCGCUGAAGAUUUCAUGUAGAAAAUGUAGAAAGUUGUUUUUAAAAAAGGGUAACUUUAUGCAAAGAAAGUGAGAUGUAAAUAAUUAUGUUUAGUCAUGUGACUAUCAGAUGAUACGUUUCCAUGGAAACAAGAUUGUGGUGUAUUCAUGAAUUAAGCGGAGAAUAUGAGAGUGUGAAAUCUUGGAAACGAAAUAGUUUGUGAGGAAAAAAAAAUAUGCUGAGCGUAUACUGUUCACAAUCUUUCUUUUUUUCUACAAACGUAUAUUGACCAACUCGUGACCCUUUUUACUAUAUAAUAAACGGUGGACUUUAAGAUAUGAUAAUAA